UCUUACUGUUGCUCAUCUUCGACUCCAAGAAACACUAAUAAAAGGAUUACCUUAAUAAAUAUUCUUUUGUCAAUAUUGUUCAACUUGUUAUCAGGGAAGGUUCAAACUGCAUAAUUCUGUUUUAUCUCAAGUGGCGUGUAACUUUUGUGAAUAAUUAAAACAGGAUGCUAAUUAUUGUUUAACAUGCUUCUAAAACAUCAAGAGCAUUAUAUUCAAAUAGCAUUUCUUUGAAACGAACAAAAAUAUAGGUACUCGUUUAAACGUAUUAGUUCAGGUUUUUGUCUGAAAUAUUCAACUUGCACUCAUUAAGAAACACUUGGAAUAUCACAUGAUUAUAAUUUGAAGGAAGUGAUCUUUUCUGUUUAUACCAAACGUUUCAGAAGGAAAUUUGACCGUUAUAUUAUAAACAUAAAGAAAUAUUUAUUUUACAAUACUGGCAGUAUAAUUGUUAGAAUGUAAUUAGCAUGGCGGACACAUCUGCUAUACUCACCCAAAUUCUAAGGGAACAAUGUUUGCGUCAUGGACUUGGAGGAAUUCGAGGUCUUGGUGUGGUGUUCCGUACCAUGGAUUUAGAUUGUUCUAGGUCUUUAGUUCUUGACGAACUUCGAAUUGGCUUGGACAGAUUUGGAUUGAGAAUGGCUGAUAACUAUUUGAAAACAUUGUUUGAUUCAAUUGAUAAAGAUAAAAAUGGUAAAAUUGACUUUCUGGAAUUUAUGAAGGCUUUGAGGUCACCAAUGAACAAUAAAAGAAUUGCAGUAAUUAGUGAAGCCUUUGACAAACUUGAUACAAACAAUGACGGCGUUCUUGAUGUUGAUGAUCUGAAAGUGUUUUACACAGCCAAUGCCAAGAAUCAUCCAAAAUACUUGUCAGGAGAAUGGACAUUAGACCAAACACUGCGAAGUUUCUUGGAUAGCAUCGAUUCUCCCGAUGACCCGGAUGGAGUUGUGACACGUGAGGAAUUUUUGGACUAUUACGCAGGAGUGAGUGCUACGAUUGAUGACGAUUCGUAUUUUGUUAUGAUGAUGAGGUCAUGUUACGGUCUACCUCAACGGUAACUGUCAUGUUCAUUUAUGUUUUUUUUGUCAGGGUAAAGUCUGACAGGACAUUAUUCGCUCGUUUGGAAAACGCCGGCAAGAAUUAUAACCUCAAGAAGCGAUUAAAGCUGAAAAUAUUGAAAGAAAUGUACAAGAAAAUUGGUACCGUUAAUCUUAUUACCGAUCGCCAGUUUGUGAAAACUAUCUUGUUGAACAAUAUUGUGGUUAGUUAAUAGAAAUAUUUAGAGACAUAUUAAAAAAAAGUCUUUUAUUUUGUUUUGGUUUAAUUGUAGAAUGACAAUAGCUGUGUACAUUGUGCAUGUCUGUUCUA